AUGUGUGCCAGCCGGGAUCAUUCGCUGCUAAAGGCCUUCAGACUGGAUAUGGCCGAUCGAUAUCACUAUACAAAUGGUGGCGGAACCAUUACGGUCGAUGGAGUUGAUGAUCAUUCUGAGUUUGCUGAAACGGUCCGUGCCCUGGAUCUCCUCGGAUUCCCCGUGACCCAACAAGCCGAAAUCUUUCGCAUAUUAGCCUCAAUCUUGCUACUAGGAAAUAUUACCUUUGAAGGAGACGAUAUUGCCAGCAUACCUUCUUCCCAUAAUAGACAAUUGACGCAGCUAUGCGAUGAGCUUUUCCUCGUGAAUCCUCAAGAAUUAACGCGCUGGCUGACCCAACGUGAAAUUCGGGCAAUAAAUGAGGCUGUGAUAAAGCCACUCACAAAAGAAGAAGCGAUCCGAGGACGUGAUGCCCUAUCCAAAAUGCUUUAUUCAAGUCUCUUCAACUGGAUUGUUAUGAAGAUCAAUGCAUCACUGGCAAAUAAAAGCAAAACAUCGAAACGCCAGAAAGAAAAGUUUGUUGGUGUGCUGGACAUCUAUGGUUUCGAAACGUUUGAUGUGAACAGCUUUGAACAGUUCUGUAUCAACUAUGCCAAUGAAAAGCUGCAGCAGCAAUUUAACCAGCAUGUCUUUAAACUUGAGCAAGAAGAAUAUGAGAGGGAAGAUUUGAGCUGGGUACGCAUCGACUUCUACGACAACCAGCCAUGCAUUGAAUUGAUCGAAGGCCGUCCCGGAUUGAUUGACUACCUGGAUGAACAGUGUAAAAUCGUGAAGGGGUCUGAUCUCGGAUGGCUAGAGCAAAUGACUAACUGCACCCAGCUGAAGAAGCGUGAACAUCUUCAAAUGCCAAAAAUCAGAGCCCCAGCUUUCACCGUUCGGCAUUUCGCAGCUGAUGUUUGUUAUCAAGUGACUGGCUUUAUGGAGAAGAACAAGGACAGUGUUGGGACACAGAUUUUGGAAGUAAUUGCGGCUACAAAGAACCCCUUCGUACGAGAAGUGGUCGGACAAUGCAUUGAAGAGACAAUUGGUACACAAGCUCGAGGAAAGGUUGGAGUAGCAAAACGGACGGUGGCCAACCAGUUUCGAGAAUCUUUGCGUGAACUGAUGACGGUACUCCAAGCAACUCGCCCUCACUAUGUACGCUGCAUUAAGCCGAAUGAUGAGAAGGAGCGCUUCUACUUCGAACCGCAACGAGCGAUGCAACAGCUGCGGGCUUGUGGCGUUCUAGAGACAGUCAGAAUCUCGGCAGCCGGAUACCCUAGCCGCUGGGUCUAUGGAGACUUUGUGAAGCGCUACCGAGUACUGUACCCCUCUGGUGCCGCCCUGACAAAGCACUGCGAGGGAUUCCGCCAGUUUGCUAAGCAUAUUUGCGAAAGGGUUCUAGAGGAGGACAAGUUUGCAUUGGGCUUGACGAAAAUUUUCUUCCGGACUGGCCAAGUCGCUUUGCUCGAACGAGUACGGCAUGAAACGCUUGGACGAAGUGCCACGCUUAUCCAGACGUGCUGGCGUGGAUUUGUGGCAAGGCGUAACUACGCCAAGAUGCGCAGCGCGUUGCACACGAUCCAGGCCUCGCUUCGGGCGUUCCUCGCCUUCCGUCGCCUUCAUUAUUUGCAGAUGCAGCGAGCAGCAACCCUGAUACAAACUGCAUGGAGAAAACAUGCUGCCGAAUCCAAAUAUACAAAAUUGCGGACUGCAGUGCUUGGGCUACAAUCGUGCUACAGGGCUAACCGGGCUCGUCUGGAAUAUCAGAAGAUGCGCUACGAAAAAAGCGCAAUCACAAUCCAACGCUAUUUCCGAGGCUAUAUGGUCAGGCGUGAACGCGUCAAAUAUAUCCGUAAGGUUAUCAAGGCUCAAUGCUAUGUGCGGCGAUGGCUGGCCAAGCGGCGGCUGCGUGAGGCCAGGAUUGAGGCUCGCUCGGUCGGACAUUUGCAAAAGCUCAACAAAGGGCUGGAGAACAAGAUCAUUGAGCUGCAGAUUAAGCUUGAUGCUGCGAAUGCCACCCAAUCAAAGAUCUCUGUGCUCGAGGAGGAAAAGCGGGUUUUGGAGCGCCGUUUGAAGGAAGAGCAUGCAGCCGUGGAAACUGGGGCAGCCGAGCAGUCGCGUGCGUUGCGUGAAGAGAUGGCGCUCCUUGGUGCUGAUAUCUCAGCCCUCAACUCGGAACGGCCGGGAUUGUUAAAGGCCCGGGACCGGAUGUUGGAGCUGGAGAUGGAGGUCGACCGCUUGCAGGUUGAAUUGGAAGUACGUGACGGGCAACGUACGGAGGCGGAAGGUCGCUGCCAGAUUGCUGAGAGUAAAUUAGAAGUGGCGAUCAGCCAAUAUGAACAAGCCGCGACGUCAUAUCAGGAACAAAUUUCCGAAGCCAAAUCACGUGCAGAAGCAGCAUCCAAAGAAUUGGAUCAAAUGACCGUGAAGCUUCGCGAAGAAACCCUCCGGAAAGAAGGUGCUGAGAAGGACCUAGAAGCCAUGCGCGAGCAGCUCUUGGCAAAUGCUAGUCUUUUAGCCAACGGAGCCAUGAGCAGCAAAGAAGUCGAGCCGACUGAUGAUAAAUCCGCAGCAACGUCUCUAGCCGGGGGCGAUCUUGCGCUUGUGAUGCGGCAGCAAGCAAUGAUACGUCAGCUACGUACGCGGUGCGAUGCGUUGCAGCGUGAUAAAGAACGGCUGCGUUCUGUAGUGCAUUCGGAAAUUCUGCUGGAAGAGCUUGAAAACCGUCCAUCGAUUCGGGCCGGGGAGAACUUGAAGCUGCAGGAGCUGGAAGCUAUGAAUGGCAAACUGCGGGCGGAGAUUGAUCAACUUGUGGCCGCCAAAUUCCCGAAUGACAUCAAAGCUAAAGAUAUGAUCGAAAGGCUAUUUGAAGAGGCAGAUCGUUUACGACAAGAAAACUGCGACUACCGUGCACUCCUCGCAAACAAUGCUAAGAGUAGCCCCCGGCCAGAUUCGGGUCAUUGGUCCGCUGGCCAUUCGGAAACGGGUAGUGAGUAUGAGAGCCAACGGUAUGACACCGAUUACGAGCUGAACGUCGACCGUCAACUUCGGUCAUGCAAGCGCCAGAUUGAACUGCUUGAACGGGCGCGGCUGGAUCAGGAUAUGGAGAAUCAGCGUUUACAACGGAUUUUGGAUAAUGACAUGCAGAGUCAAUACUCUGGAAGCUCAGCUGACGCGAUGCGUGGCCAAAUGGGCGAUAUUGUGGCCCAGAAUUUGGAACUGACCGAGAAGUACCAUCGCCAAGCUGAUGAACUCUCAGAAGUUAAGGCACAACUGCGAGGGUAUGCGGUGGAUUGUGAUACCGGAUCCGAAACGGAAGUCGUACGGGUUGAGGCGGUGAGCGGACGGCAGCAAUCCGACGUACACUCCGCACGUCUCCAAGUAUUCAACGUACCCGAAUUUUCCAAGAUAUUGAUUUCUGACCUCAAGCCUCGAGUAGCACGUCAUUUGACCCCGUGCUUCCCCGCCUACCUUCUACUAACUGCCUUCAGGUAUCACGAUGAGCGACAGGACGAAACAGGUCUAACACCACUUUUCUCAGCCGUUCAUCUUGUGCUCAAAGACACAAUUGCUCACUCCCAAGAUCUCGAUGUGCUGGCCCUUUGGCUCGUCAAUUCGUGGCGAUUGGUCCAUCUGCUGCACCAGUACGGCGAGGUGGAAAAUGUGGAAUGGCAGGCCGGAAAUACGCCUGUCCAAAACUCGCAGAGAAUGAAGAAUAUCGACUUGGCUCCGUUGCGUCACCAGAUAACUUCUCGGGCCGACGACUGUUACAGGACCUUAAUGAAGAAGGUCAUCGAGCCACAGUUGACCCAAAAAAUCGUUCCGGGAGUUCUGCUUCACGAAUCACCGAUGUGGGAGUUGCUGACCGGGAAAACGUCAAGCGCCCGACAUGCUGAAGCCCUGAACGAUCUCUUGGACUUCUUAACAGUCAUCCAUGGUCGGCUCGUGGCCUACGGUGCCGAUGGUAUUCUGCUAGAACAGAUCUUCAAACGCUUUGCCGAAUGGGCGUGUUCGAUUGCUCUAAACCAUUUGAUGUUCCGCAAGGAUCUCUGCCGGACGGAACGAGCAAUUCAAAUCAAGCACAACGUGCAACAGCUACAGGAAUGGCUUCUGAAGCAUAACCUAAAGGUGCUCGAACACACCUACGAGCCUUUGAUCCAGGCUGCUCAUCUACUUCAAACGCGCAAAGUCGACUCAAAUAUCGACACGAUCUGUGGGGAAAUGACUAGUCUGCUGUUACCGCGACAGAUUCUCGCAAUGCUUGAGCACUACACACCAUCGGACGAAGAUUUUGAAGAAGGACCUGUUUCUACUACCUUCAAGGAAGAAGUGGAGAAAAGACUGCAGGAGCGUGCUCAAGAUCAGAAUAAACUGAUCAUGUCGGGAACCUACCUGCCACCCCUCGACUGGACCCGACCGGUGCCUUGCGAUUUCAAACUAGAAACCCUCUCCCUGCCCUCACCGCUUAGGCUUCAAGAAGUUUGCCGCCUUGUC